UAUGAUGGCUUUAGCAAUCUACGGGCUGGUGAUUUUCCCUAAAGCUCUAGGAUAUGUGGAUGAUCGGGUUAUCAAUCUAUUCUCUCAGUUCAAGCAUGGAGUCAAUCCCAUACCUGUUAUCCUUUCAGAGACUUUCCGGUCUUUGAAUCAUUUCAGAACUGAGGAAGAAGGGCGAUUUGUAGGAUGUGCUCCAUUAUUAGACAUCUGGAUGGAGAGCCAUCUCAAGUGUAUCAAAGACAGAUUCACGAGACCCUACUUGCCAGAAAAUAGAAUUCCAAUCAAAGAAAAGAAAGACCUGUGCCCAUCUUCAUCUUCUAGUUUUUGCUCUUCUCCUUCAGUUUCAGUAGGGCAAGCCCUUUCCUCAACCAUUUCUGCACCCAUUCUCCGAGCAGGAGAACAUGAAGCUUGUCUCUUGAAUUGCUCUUUUGAUUGAGUUCACGAAGGCUUUCUUGAAAAGACUGUCUGAUUUUCAAUUGAAAGAAAGUCCAGACCAUCGGCUGGCGCCUCCUCACCUGCUAGGAAGACCAAAACGGGGGUAUCUCCCAAAGCGGAGGUAUCCACAGUUCUAUCGGCAUUCCUCAACACCUAUAGAGGGAAGAAGGAAGACAACUGAAUAGAAUCAAAGGGCAGCGGAAGAUGAAGCGAUAGGACAUUAUUUUUCACCAGAUGAAUUGAAUGCUUCGGGGGCACUUCUUCCCAAGUCGGAAAACGAUUUAGUAAGACCGGGCUCACUUUUCGAGUUAGUUCUAGACAAAGACUUCAAAGGAACGGAGCUUUGUUGAAGCUAUUACUUAUACUCUUUUUCGUAGUAUUGGCAGUGGAAGAAAGAUCAUAUAAUAAGUAUCCGAUUCAAAGUCUUCGUUGCAUAUGGGUACCUCAGGCUACGGGUCCGGUCUCGUGUGGUACCAAUCUAUAGGUCCAAAAGGGGGAGGAGAGCCAUCCUCCGAGGGAGCGGUGGCAGACUUUUCUAUUACAUCCUCCGAUGCGGCUACAGAAAGCAAUUCAAGGGCAACAUCCGAUGAAGCAGUGGCAGCUAAAAGUCAAAGCAAUGGGCUGACUUCCUAGAGAACUUUGCUGACUCACCUGCUGACGAUUGAAGCUGGGCUUAUAACUACUAUAACUAUAGGUGGACUCUUCUCUCAACUUCUUUAGAACCGGAAACGGGGGAGAGCAAAAAAGGAUGAAAGAGGAGUUGCCUCCGUCCUUCCUUCGAUGGAGGCUGAAUCUUCUAGACCCCUAUGCGCAAGAAGAAGAGAACUAUAGGCUGAUCCCUCCAGAGUUGGUUAUUGGGAAAGACCUAAGGUCAAGACCUCAAUGAAGAAAAACCAGUUACGAUUUUUUACUGUAGAACAGAGGCUCACAUCCGAUUUAGAAAGAGCGGUAUCAAUAACAAUAGGUAUAAAAACGGAUCCGUCCGGAAAACUCUGAUAGGUCUACUUUUCCCGGCCUGCUCUUCUUGGCUGAGGGGCUCUCCUUCUUAGAGUGAGGUCUAGGUCCUCACCCCAUGGUAAGGAAGAUUGAAAUCUACAACAGGUGGUCAGCCGCUCACAAAAGAAAAAAGAGGCCUGGAAGCUCUUAAGUUGGAGCUCAGAAUAUCCAAAGUCAGAGCAUCUAAAAGAUCAGCGUCCUCCCCGGUUCUUUUAAAUAAAUAAAUGGGGGGACGGGUCAGACUAUUCAGGAAAUAAAGCUCUUCUUCGUCUUUUCGAAACAUUAAGUUAAGUGUCGGACGGACUAAAGAACCAUUUUAUACAAGUUUUCUUUUUGAAGCGUCUGAUUCUCACGUCAAGAUGAAGUGAAGCAAGAACCGCGAAUGACAGGAUGAGACUGAGUUGACUAAGCAAGAAUCGCAGAAAUUUUUCCUUUCGUGGAAAAUGGGCGGGAAGUAUGAAAGACUUAAGCUUAUCAAAAACAAAAAGUCAGCGUGUAUGUUGGUUGUGUUGCCAGUCUUUUACUUUCUUUUAGGCUGGCUCUUCUCUAUCCAGAGUAGAACGGCAUUGGUCUUCCCUUUUAGAGCUCGACCUGCCAAAAUCAAACCAGAAUUAGAAGAUUGGGCUUCCCUAUACCUAUCAUAAUGUUUAGAUGAAUCAGUUUCUUAACCUGAACUGAAGGGCUUUCCCUAGAUAGAACUAACUAAAUCAUUGGGGGAUCCUGGAUAUCCUAUAUCCUAGAUAAUAGGAAAUAGGAAGGGAAGCUCGGUGAAAGGUAGGAUGAUAUUGUCACCGCUUCGGUUUUCCUUUUCCCGUCAACCUUUUCGUUGCGGGUUUCACUCACUUUUUUUAUCUUCCUUGAAAACAAAAAAAUGGGUUCUCCUUUUUUUUAUUGUUAGGGGGCUUCUUUGCCAAUAGGUUACUCUCUUUUGUCUCCUGCGUCUGUGGUACCAAUCGGUUCAGCAAGACUCGCACCCGACUCGGGCCCAUACCCUUCGGUAGCAAAAGUGGUGUCCUCAGGUACUUACUGAUUAAGCUACAGAAGUUGGAUUCGCGUCCAGUUCAAGCUCUCUUUCCUAUCUUCGAUUUCAGAUGGUUAGGAAACAGCAUCUGAUGAGGCCAAAGAAAGUUUGAUCAGAUACUGACUCAGCCUCCGCGAAAGCGGGUUGAUCAUCUAUUGAAAAAAGAUGAAGCUAUAGCAGGAUUUCCCGGCAACAUCUGAUGGAACGGCAGGAACUCAAACUCAGUGCCCCCACCACUUCAAGAAAAGGAAUAGAAAUCAGUGCCAUUUCCCAUGGACUAUUCUUUUAGUGACUUUUCUGCUGACUCUGAUUAUUGACUUCAGGAAAGAGUGCCGAGUCAAGUACCGUGCGCACUGACUUUCUUUUUUAGUUCUAUAAUAUUCUCCUUCCUCUUCUUACUCUUCCUAUCUAGCUGGCUUCUAUGAUUGAUAGGGGAAAGUCUUCAAUAUUCCUCUUCUCUUUCUCUUUAUCUAAGGCUGAUCUGGCUGCAGAAUGGAAUUGGGUAAAGAACGAAGUGAAGGAGGCGACCUUCUGGCCACGAAGAAAAGAAAAGAGGACCACUAUCUUGGGUCCAUUCCGUCAGGUUCUCGCAUCCUGAGUCCUCCUCCUCUCGGCAUUUUGACCGAUGCGAUGGGGAGACCCGCGGGAGGGAAGUGGCUUAGCUUGAAGUACUUAUCCAGGGCGGGCAUAAAAAUUCCACAGACACAGACAGAAUAGCUCCAUCCUGGCUAUGCCGAGUGGAACUUCCAUAGCUGAGACGUAGAUGUAAGGGUCUCGUCAUUGCUAAAGUCAGUCGUAUCCGCUUGUGGGAGAGAACUGGGUUUGAAUCGGCUCAUGAAAAUGCCUAGAGCACAGAAACCGCCCGACAACGCCCAUUUCAAGGUCUGCUCUUCGGAAAGAAGAAAUCGGGGACUUGAGCGGCAUGGCUCCGCUUGGAUGUCGGUCUCUUUCCGCCUUAGUGAUAGAUCUUAGCCUCAAAGGGAGUUCUCUUGAAAGGGCUAAGUCAAGACUGAAGAUGGUUGUGUAAAAGAGCAACGAAGCCAAGGAAGAUCGAGCCCCGAGCGGCUCCUGGGUAUAGCCAUCCAUUUCUGAAAAAAGUAUCCUGCUGCUCGGUCCGGAAUCUUUAUGCGGAACUGAUAGAUCAGCCUAUGCCUGUUUAUAAGUCUAUGUUCGUGCCGAAGCCUCUAAGAGAUCCUAUGCUGUCUUGUAGUUGUUCGCUGCGGGUAAUGCUUUUCAAGACUGCUAGGGGUCGGGAGCCUAGAGGCCUUGGUCCGAGUAGAUGAAGUGCAUGAAGACGAAGUGCUAUUGGAUUCUGAUAUGGCUGCUAAACAACUCUUAUCUGCUUAUUCGUCAGUAUGCUUAGUCUUUCUUGUCCUUUCUAGUUUGCCUGAAUCUAUCUUCCCUCCAUCUCAAUGGAGUUCAUAACAUCAGCUUAAGGCAGACAAGGGAGCUUCAGGGAAUUCCAGUUCGGAAAAAAAAGAAUUCCUCCCUAGAAUUCAAUGUGUUAAGGAUAGUCGGAAUGCUACCCGUUCAGAGUGAAUCCAUUCACAAAUAAAGUAUUUAGUAGUAGGUCGCCAAUGCCCUUUUUUUUUAAGGAAUUUUUCCUUCCCAGCGAAAAAAGGCAGUCAAUUAGUCUUAUCCAUUCCCCUUCUCCUGCUAUUGGCUAUUUAUUUUAUUGCUACUGCUAGCAUUAGCACUACCGUCGCUUCUGAUCUCUCUGCUAUCACCCCAUUUGAUAGAAAAAACUUUCAUUGGCCUUCAGGAGUGGUAGACGCGGAGCCUUUUGAAGCAAAUUCUCAAGCAGCUCCAACUCUUUCUGUGGCAUUUGUCCUGUCUUUCAUCCCUUUUCGUGUACUUAUCUUUAUUUGUCGAGUCUGACACUAGGAAUAGUCGAUAGAAAACUCUUCCUUGGUACGAGGGGAAUUGGGGAUUGAAAAUAUCUAGGUACCAAAGGCCGAUGAAAGCCUUUCCAAAGGAAUUAGGUUAAGUUGCCUACAUGGCUUAUUGAUGGAGUGAAAUUCAUGUGCAGCUGAUUCAAUAACAGUAGCAGCCUUUAUUCUGUUCAAAGCGCUUACUGAUUCAAUUGCUAGUGGUGGUUUACUCUUGAUUCACUGGGCUAGGCUAGAGUUUUAUACUAUUACUUCUUCCUUUGUUUUGUCACGACUUGGACUCGAACCACCGCCCCGUACCACCUUGUCUUAGCUUCAAGUUGUUUUCUAACCUUCGUUUAUUCGCUUGGUUAGAUCUUCCUUUCCUAUUAUGUGAGUAAUAGUGAUCUCGUCUGUCUUACGGUGUUUAUGAAUUGGCACUUGCCUUGGGCUUUCACUCCGCCUCGUCAUCACUAUCCUUUCUGGUCUAUAGCCCAUAUUGAAUGAAUGAAACGAUCCCAGCCCAGCACGGUCUGAAAAGCGUAAACAAGCCAAGCUGUUUGUUAAUCACUGGACCAAGGGGACGCAACCUGAACCUCCAACCCUAUCUCCUAGCUAUCGUCUAAGGUCCUUGGUUACUAAUCUCCUCUUCUUAGCCCCUUCUACUCCUCCGUCCCUGACCUUCUCAAGCCUUACCAUAACAGCACCCUCUUACCUUCACAAUAAAAAACAGGGUUUAAUAAAAAAUACCGGUAAGUGUGAAAUAAAUGGAUUGAAAAAAGACUCGAUCAAUCGAGAACAGGUUUUAAUGAAAUUGCACAUAAGAGAGAAAACUCUUCCCAUUUUGAUUGCUGUCUUCCGAGUGAGAAACCAUUUUCAUCAUUUUACAAAUAUAGAAGAAUGAACAAAAACCAAUUCCAUUAUAAAUCAAUACGAAUUGCCUUAUUCAAGGCUCUCCAACUCGCUCAUACAUAGUUGGCUAUGAUCUUUGGCUCGCUCUUUCCUCUUCCGGUUCAAUAUAUCUUAUAGUAACGAGUAGAUCAAGUUUUCCGAUUGGGGUUGGGUCUUGCCUUUCUCCAUGCAUUCAUAGCGUUCGUUGUUUUGUACAGCUCGGUCGAGCCUUAGACGGGGCGUUAAACAACUAGAACCCCCUUAUACAGCUCCAGGUUGUGGUGAUCCCUGCCUUUCUUUAUCCAUAAGAGAGAAGCGCAUCCGCCCCUCGUUCACUAGGGUAUCCUAAAUCCAUAAUCGGAUCUCUCAUGGCCAUGCGGUAGUAGCCGGACCUGAACCUAGCCUUGAGGCUGAUCGCAGGGCAUGCCUAAAUUUCCGCUAAAGCUAAUCCCGUUCCAUAAGAUGAUGAUCGUAGUCCUUCCUUUUCUAAAACUAUUCUUAUCCUUUGGUCAGGCAAGUUAGAGGCUCCCUUCCGUUGGAUUGGGCUUGUCAGCGUACGGCCUCUGGCGGCUUAACGCCUCUGUUGGCUAGCUAGUCGUCUUGCUUCGCUUCCGUCGGUGAACAAUGAUUAUUGCCUUUGUUUUGGGACUCGAGUUAGCGAGUAGGUUAGGCAUUCGAGUAGCAACCGUCCUUAGGUAAAACCUUAUUUCGCCGGGCUAUGCACCUCUAUGGGUGGAGUCAAGUUCAAUGCGCAUCAUCCCACCCAGAGGCAAGAGGAUGCACAUGAACAGAAGCCCAAGGCCGUCUAUGGGUAAUUCCUCGCUGGCGGAUCGCCUUUCGCCGGGUAUUCACUCCUAAAUCAUUUAAGCGGAAGAAGCAUAAGAGGUUAGGAUUCACUAGCGCAGGAGAGAUAGUUAGCACUACCUUGGGUACGAAACUACGCUAUCGAAAAGCAAGGAGAAAGAAUAGGAUAAUCUAGGGUAGGGGUAGGGUACGAUGUAGUUGCCGAAAAGAGCUUCUUAGCCAAUGGAAGACUCACUAAGGCUGUUUAAGUUAGAGUUCUCGGGUCAGCUCCCGGGGAAGAGCUAGCCCAGCAGAAGCAAGACUGACACCGGAAACUCCGCAUCUCUGACUUAAGGGGCUAAUUAGCCAUAUCGGAGACUACCCGGAAACUCCGCAUCUCUGACUUGAAAGAGUCAAUUGCCCAUCCCCCAUAGUCUUGGAUUCCGCUGUCCCUUUGCGCUGUGACUAGGCCCCCUUUCCGCUUCACGCAAUAGCACGCUCCGAAGCAAACGAGCUUCGCCGGUAGUAGCCUCCUGAAUUAGUCGAGUAGCUUCUUUCCGGCAAAGCUUACCAAUCCUACACUCCUUUCUCCUAUUCUUUGUCUGGUGGAGCUAUUCCCAGACAGCCUGAGAGCUGAGUGAGGACCUUAUUUUAUUUGAGAUGCUCUUUUCCUUCCAAAGCGAAAUAAUCACUCCUGUAGCUUAUUGCGUUCGAUCUACAUCCUACCUAACUCGAUCUUGCUCUUCCUCUUACACACAGAAGGUUUUUGCUCUCGUAUUGCGGGUUUUCCACUUCGUUCAGUUACAUUAGGGCUUUACCCAACUCUAUCUUGGUGAUUAAGUUCCGCUGUUUUUGGUGUGAAAUGAGCUUAUUCUAGGAUAGGAGGUCUUGUCGGUAUGGAACCUACCUUUCCGGAGUGAAGGAUUGUCAUCCUAUAGCCGAGUUUUUUUAUUUUUGUUUAGAGUCGAGUGAUCAAGCUUACGAUUCUGCCGUUAGUGAGAAGCAAGUAAACUCUAUAGCCCUAAACUAAAGGAGCAGGUCAAGUUCGUUCAGCUUGAGGGAUAAAUUACAUGGCUGAACUGCCAGUCCAUCAAAUAUCGUAGUUUAUCCUUAAGAGCAAGAGGUUCCUUGUGUGAAACUUAUAUUAGGCAAAAUCAAGGUUGCCAACUCGGCAUUCCUCCCAUCUAGGGUCCGCUUGUUCAAUAACCUCUGAUGGCAUUCGCACAAUAGUUUUCCCAUCUAGAAUUUCUGGUUCCAAAUACUGCAGUUACAAUUUUGUUGCCUUAGCGCCAUCUUUCAAGAGGUUAGCCCAAUAAAAUUACCCGUAUUAGAUUGUGGUUUAGUGGGCUGCUCUACAUUAAUCGCAGGCGUAGAUUUAGGAUCUGAUGGACCAGAGUUAACCAGCACAUUAGCAGGGUUGGGUUUACUUACCCAAGGAAGUGUUGAACACGCGCCCAUUUUACAGCAGAUGGAGCAGCAACCAUGGAAGCCUUCCUUGAUGAAGCAGGGGGGCGAGAUCCUUCAUCCUCAGUUACUUCCCGAGCAGACAACAGAUAGGAAGGACGACGGCCUCUACCUCCUCUCGACAAUCGACCACCUGAUCUACCCCUGCCCCUACGAGAAUCAGAGAAGGGAUCUUGGUUUAUCCCUCUCAGCUCAUCAAUCUCUUUCCUAGGCCUGUUCCAGGUGUGUGCCCGGAAGCUCUUGUUCCGAUGCUUUGUUGUCGGCCUUACGAGGGAAAAUUUUUUGGUCUCGCGUAUAAAAGAUAACGGCUGCAUUUAGGUUAUAUCUUUAUAUAAGAAACCUUGCUGCUAUGCUAAAAAAGCAACAAUAGAAGUUAUCAAAUUACAUGUUCUUCGAUUAUCAAAAAUUCAUUUCAUAUAAAAAGAGAAGCAAGUGUAUAGAACUUCUUCGAGGCGGUUCCUUCGGCCGGCCGCCUUUGACAGGAAGGCUCUUUCCAUUCCUUGAAGUAGCGAGGCUCGUUGAAGCAGACCUAGGCAGAAGGAAAGGAGGUCGUUCGUUCGAGAAUAGGAGUCGUUUCCUGUUAACAACGGAAAGCGGAUCAGUUGAGUGGCAAGCCAGCUGAUAGGGCCACGAAGCACCCAACGAAUGGAGGACUGGAACGGCUUUAAUCAUAUGCUUAACACAGCCAGUUCGAAAACGAGCUAGUCGCCUUACUUCGAGAACGAACUAUUUACUUAACCCGGACGGUUCUUUGCUCAACACUGACUGCUCGUUGCUUUACACGAACAGUUCCCCAAUCCUCAUUCGCCCCCCUACGUGCUCUCUUUCGAGGACCUGAACCUGAACCCGCUCCUCAUUUAGCAUGAAGCUUGCUGGCGGCAUCGAUGACGGUGUCGGCGGAGUUCUCAGGUACCAACUCAACUCCACAAAGUGCUUUUACACCUGGCCUAUCUUUUGCACUGGAAGGGACCUAUCGUGACCCUAAAACUGAAGACCCCAUAAACUCGCGAUUGAAAAAAAACGAAAUCGGGAUGAGCUAAGCUCAAAAACCAAAAGAGAAAGAUGCGAUGCGAGAGUUCACGAAUGACCGAUCGAUACAGUACGAGAGCUUCCACGGAAUUUAUAUAAAAAUAAAUUUAUUUAGGAAAGCAAGUCCCGUCGAGUUAGCCGUUGGAGGAAAGGCAUGACUUAAGAGGAGAGCGAGUGACUUUCAGGCGAGAUGGUUCAAUAGUCGAUUAGAUAAAGGCCGUUCCUACUUCCAACGAGGAGAAGAAAGUCGUCAAUAAAUAGCGUAAAUUAAAUAAGGAAGUGGCUUUUCUUGUUCAUGACUCCGCUCCUAUUGAAUAGAAUUAGGAAGAAGGGCCGCUAGUCAUUCUUUUCAGAAUCCGAAGUCGAAUCUUUUCUUUUCCUUGCUUAUUCGUCAAGAUUUUCUUUGUGUUCCGUGUACCGCACCGAAGCUUGUGGAGCCUAUGCGAAGCAAGCGGGUAGAAGAUCUCAUAUUAAAGAAUUCGCUUUGAGUUCGUUCUUUUUCAUCAUGUCUUGGUUCACAGUUUAUCUGAAUCAGACUAAGAGAUUGGCAUCAACAAAGCAAGGCCCCAUUGAGCUUAGCCUAGAGCAGAUCGAAAAGGUCUCGCGAAGGCGGGAACCCCUUGCCGAAGAUCCUUCUCUUUCUCUGUGAAGAUAGACUGCUCUUUCUUGCUUUGCGUGUCAAGUGCGAGAUUGGUUGAGAACCCUUCGCCCACAGUGCUUUCAAAAGCAGGUCUCCGUUUGGUGUUCCGUGUACUAGGGUUAAGGUGGAAGAUCGAAAUGGAAGUCAUAUAUAGCCUAUUAAUUCUAAAUAGAUUUUCAAUUCAGGUUUACAACAAAACAACAAUAUCAUAAGAGAAGAAAGAUCUCCGCGUAGAAAGAUGAGCUCUUCCUUCCUUUCUUCAUCCUAGCACUAUGAGAUGAGAUUGAUCCCUUCUUACUACCAUGCUUUCUUUCCGUUGGUCAACAACCAACCAAAGUCUUCUUUACUUCUUCACUCCUCCAGGAAGGAAGAUGGUUAAAAUCAAAUAAAUGAAACAAAAAAAUGAUUAUUCUAGAAUGGUUAUUUAUCACAAUUUAUCCUGUUGAAAUAUCUUUUUUUCCGGAACCAUGGCAAUUAGGAUUUCAAGACGCAGUAACACCUAUGAUGCAAGGAAUUAUACACUUGCCGGGCGAUAUAACAUGUAUCUCUUUUUCUCUGGUUCUACGUUUCUUCCUGCCUUUCUUUCUGACUUUAUGUAAGUGGAGGUUCUACUAUUUUCCGCAAACAGGGUUUGGCGAUAGAAGAACUACUAUCGAGAUUCUCGGGACCAUAUUUACUCGUAUCUUUCUGGUGCUGAUCCUAAUACGCAAUUCCCAUGAAGUAACUCACUGCGCCGGCUCCGGGGAAGCUUCUUCGGCUAAUCACAAUGUUCCCCCUGGCGGUGAGGGUACUUCUGGGGGCAACUCCGGCUGGACAUCUAUCCUAGGGAGCAGCUCUGGGGAAAGCUCCGAAGCAA